AUGCGGAUGGGCCCCUCCUGCGCGCGCCACCGCUACUCCACCGAGACGCUGGCGCGGCUGUGUCGCCGCCUGAUGUACAGCGGCCAGCUGCGGCUGCCGCGGGGGCUGGCGCGCGAAGAGCCCAACUUUUUCCUUCCCCCUGGUGACUUUGUGGAUGUGGUGGAGCAGCUGGAGGGCGUGGACCCCGAGGAGGUGGCGCGCCUGUUUGAGGCACCGUUCCGUGCCUGGUGCCGCGAGCAGCUAAUCGCGGUGGGCAGCACCCCGGACCUGGCCUUGUGCGAGUUCCUCAUGACCGUGGACUCCAACUCCGAGGCCGCAGAGUACCUCACGCUCUACCUGGGGAAGACCGAAGCGGCCUCGGGCGCGACCGCCUCCGGCUGGGAGAAGGUGCCCAAGGCGCCGGCGGGGAAGAAGAAGGGCAAGAAGGGCACGCCCGUGCACUCGGCCCUCCUAGGCUUUGACACCGGCACAGACUACGCCAUGCUGGCAAACCUGGACGCGUGA